CUCUGUUUCACACCAAAAAACGAAAGUCAACGCUGUUCUUUCUGCGUCGCCUCCUUACUUUUCUUCCCAUUUGCGUAUAAGGAAAACGCAUCUGAGAUUUCGGAGUUCGAAAUUUCAUCAAAAAAGAUGGCCGAGGAUUGGGAUCUCUAUGCCGUUGUAAGGAGUUGCACGGCCGCCGCCAAUACCAGUAGAUAUGCCGCCGUUGAAAGCAGCAGCAGCAACAACAACAACAAUCAAAAUUGCGGUAGUUCAAGGGAAGAUCCUUUGGCUUGCUUAGCCUCGUUGACGUUCGAGGAAGAAGACGACCCUUUACAUUUAAAAGCGGUUUCCCUGCAUGAUUCUUACAUGUCCUUUUUGCCGAAAAUCGACCCCACCACUAUAAUCACCACUAAGCAAGGCAUGGAUCCAUGUUCUUCGAGUUCUGCCCACGGAGGUUUUAGUGGCCAACUUCAUCAUCAUCACCGUCAAAGGCUGCAAGAACAGUCCACAACCACCGCCGUUGGGGUUGGCUCCCCGUUGACCUCCAACCUCCUCUCCUAUUUCACUUUCGGCGGCUUUGGGAAUCAACAGCAGCAGCAAAAACCACAGUCGCAGGAGGUUCAACAACGAGUUCAACCACAGGCUCAGACACCAAGAUCAAGAAAGAGGUAAACAAUCAGCUGAAGAACCGUAUGCCAUGUAAUUGCAGAUAAUUUGUUAUCGGAUCCUUGGGCAUGGCGUAAAUACGGACAGAAACCCAUCAAAGGCUCUCCGUAUCCAAGGAACUACUACAGGUGCAGUAGCUCGAAAGGGUGUUCGGCGAGGAAACAAUUGGAGCGUAGCAAUACGGAUCCCAACAUCUUUAUCGUUACCUACACCGGCGAACACACGCACCCCAAGCCGACUCACCGGAACUCUCUCGCCGGAAGUACUCGGACAAGGUUUCAACUGUUCAAAAUGCCGCUGCCACCCCACACUGCUUCUUGCUCCUCUCCUCAAUCCGCCACGAGCCUCUCUCCCAUCUCUCCCACGACCCCACUUUCGGCGCCUGAAGACGCCACUGUCGCCGUGCAAAACGCCGGUGAGGAUGAAAGAGUAGGCAUGGCUCUUGAAAGUGAAAGCGAUGAAUACGACGACGAUCUUUUGAUCCCCAACGUGCAUGUAGAUGAAGAUCUCUUUGAGGGUUUGGGAGAACUCGUUGGAAGUGCUGGUAGUGGAGUAGGACGAAGCCUGAUCUUUGGUGAUAACUUCUCGUCUUGGAGCACGGAUAACUCUACUGCCACCGGCGCCGCCUCCAGCGGUGGAUACUAGACUUAUUUUUAUUAUCGUCGUUUUUUAGUUCACUACAUUUUUUGGGGGUUGGAUCCGUUGGGUAUAGAGAGAUUAAGAAUACCUAGAGUUUAUGUAAUUUGAUUUU